CCCAGUGUAAGGUUCAACAUGAGACUUUCCGUAGAGUGGAGCUGGUUUGUUGCUCUUUCAUGCCUCCUCUGCAUGGGAGGUGAAGUUCAGUGUGCUUGCUCAGACGAGGAUAUAAAACGUGAAGGUGUUGAGUACACACUGACCAGGCAGCUGGAGAAAGGCAGCAUGUUGGUCUACAACUGUCCUGAGGGUUUCUAUCCAUUCCCCGCUUUGACCCGCAUGUGCCAAGCUAAUGGCAGCUGGAGACCAGCACCCAGAAGGUUUUCACCUCAGAAGUGCAAGCCGGUUGAAUGUCCAGACCCCACUGUGCUGGAGAAUGGAAAUGUCUCCCCUCCUCAGGAGAAGUACUUUGUGGGCAAUGAGACCAUGUAUGAGUGCUACUCUGGAUACACAAUGCGAGGCUCAAACCAACGUGUUUGCCUAAAAAAUGGGAAGUGGAGCGGCUCCACUCCAGUCUGUAGCCGUGAUUCAGAAAAUGCAUGCCCUGAUCCUGGAAUCCCAGCUGGUGCCUCCAGAACAGGGAACAUUUUUGGAAUUGAUGACAAAGUGAAGUACACCUGCAAUGGCAACUUGUUUUUGGUGGGAUCGAGUGAAAGGGUGUGCAAGGAGGGCGGCCAGUGGACCGGCCAAGAGCCGGCAUGCUACUACAGACACACAUAUGACACAAUACAGGAGGUUUCCGAGUCAUUUGGCAGUGCAAUCAGAAACAGCCUCACCACUUUAGAGUCCACUGAUGACAUACAGGGGGAAAAGAGAAUCAGGCUUUCCAAAAAUGGGACACUAAACAUCUAUAUUGCUGUGGAUGUUUCUGAGAGUAUAGAAGCGAUAUACUUCUUGGAUGCAAAAAAAGCUGUCAUUGCACUUAUAGAAAAGAUUUCAUCCUUUAGUGUGACUCCAAACUAUCACAUCGUCUUUUUCUCCUCUGAAAUAUUUCCGGUUGUCGAUAUUCUUGACAUGUUGGAUGGAAAAGUACAACUAAGCUCUGUCAAGAAGGAGCUGAAAGAUUUUAAAAUAAGUGAUCAAAUCACUGCAGGAACAGAUCUGAACCUCAUCUUUAGCAACUUCUUGGAGCGAAUGGCUAUUAUAGAGCAACAAGUUGGGAAAGAGGCUUUUAAGGAACAUCGCCAUGCCCUCAUCAUUUUUACAGAUGGAGCUUAUAAUAUGGGCGGUUCACCUGCACCUACUGUGGCACAAAUAAAAAAUAAGGUAUACAUGAACUACACUGGUGAGACUUCAACAAGAGAAGACUAUCUUGACAUAUAUAUUUUUGGCAUUGGAGCUGAGGUCUUUGAUGACGACCUGCAGCCUCUCACAACUACAAAGGCCAACGAAAAGCAUUACUUCAGAAUGAAGGGCCUUGAUCGUUUGCAAGAUACCUUUGAUGAAAUGAUUGAUGAAGAUGCAGUUAAGGGCCUAUGUGGUCUUCAUAAGGACUACGACAGAGUCAUAGACAAAGACGACAUAGAGAGGAAGAAAAAAAUGUAUCCAUGGUUAGCCUUCAUUUAUAUUGAGGGAGGAAGGAAAUGCCUUGGCUCUCUGGUGAACUCUAAGAUGAUCUUGACAGCAGCUCACUGCUUCAGAUUUGGGGACAAGCCAGACGAUGUCAAAGUUGAGAUUGAUGAUAGAAUGGAUCGCAAAGUGAAAAAAGUAAAAACCUUUAUAUUACACCCAAACUACAACAUUAAGGGUAAAGUCGAUGAGGGUGUGGAUGAGUUCUAUGACUACGAUGUGGCUCUCAUCCAACUGGAGAAAGAUGUUAAAAUUUCAAUUUCUGUUCGACCUAUUUGCAUACCUUGCACCCAGGAGACCAGCGAAGCUCUACAAAUGGUUGGCAAAUCCACUUGUAAAGCACAAGAGCAGCUUCUGUUAAAGACUCAAUUGGAAGAACUGAAUUUCAUGACUAGGACAGACAAAUGGGCAGCUGAAAAAAAUGUUCGCGCUAAGCUUGGAGAUAAUAGAGGUGAUUGUAUCAGACAUGCACUAGAGGCAAAAGGCAUAAAAACAAAAAAUCCAGAGGUUGCUGUGACUGAUAACUUCCUGUGCACUGGUGGUCUGACUCCUCAGAGAGAUCAUAUAGCAUGUACAGGUGACUCUGGAGGUGCUGUGUUCAAGCAUCAUCAUCAGCGCACAGUACAGAUUGGAGUGGUCAGCUGGGGAACCAAGAAUAAGUGCGAGGGGGGCGGUGUUGUCGAGUCAGAUGACGCCUCCAGAGAUUUCCAUAUAAAUCUUUUCAGAGUUGUUCCUUUUCUCAAGCAAUACCUUGGAAAUGACACUCAGAAUGACUUUGAGCCACUUCAAUUUGUGGACUAAAUACUAAAUACUGUAAAUUUACCAUUUUACUUCUAUCAUUUAUGGUUACUGUAUCUUUAAAAACACUGACUUUUGGUAUUUUGAUAAUUUUACAUUCCAUGAGGAUUUUUUCCCCAGACUGUUUCAGAAUGAAACUAUAAUUUUCAGAUAAACAUUUCUCAAAUUACAAAAAAAUUGUAAUUGUUCUUUUCAGCACUAUCCAUUCUUAAAAUGUACAACUACCUUCGUGCAAACAGUUCACUUAACUACAUUUUUUUGUAAAUGAUCCAAAAUGUACACAUUAUACCUUUAUUCAUCAUGAAUUCAG